CUGCGAGCGCGCGACGGAGGGACGACAUUAUCACCACCACUACCAUCACUACCACUACCACCACCACUACCACCUCCUCCACCUCCACGGCAACCUCCACCUCUACGCAUACACCACCGCGCGCAAAACGCAUCCGGAGGAGUAUACGCGCGCGAGCGCACUCACGAGCGCACGAGUACACACAGGCUCGCGCAAACGCGAGUGUCGCGGUCGGUCUCGCAUCGGUCCACGGUCCACGAUAUAUCGACUACGUACGCGUGAACUCUCGAGCACGUUACUCACAUACGAACGCAGGCCACACGAGCACGAGUGGUCCUGCUUUCGCGAGACACGCUCUGAUACGCGCCAAAGCCCGAGACGACACGCGGUACCGAGGAACACGCGACUGUUCCCAACUAUUACGGGUUCAUCGUCGGGACCUGUACCGCCUUCCUCCCUCUGCGCCCGCUGAGUCGUGUGUCACCGCCCUGACGUUCGAAGGGUUGACGACCGUUGCCGGGAGAUAGAUCGGUGUCGGUGUGGGUGUCGGUGUCUUAGCGCGCGAGACCUUUCUCCUCCGGGAGAUCGCGAGGUGCACGUGGAAAAGUGAAAAGUGGCCCAAAGUGCGUGACCGGGGUGUGACGGCUGUCACAGUUUUCACAUCGUCGUAUCGUUCGCGGUGCCGCGGUUCACGCGGAUUUAUCGGCAAUUGCGCAGCGAAAUGACGUGCUUGUGGUCGCGCGAGCAAUUCGCAAGCGAUAACGAAGUCGAUCGGAGCUGUGGGAUCUUUCAUAUGGGCGGGCUACCUCAGUAGGGACUGAAGGACCAUCGGGAUUAAUGACUGUGAUUCUCUUCCCAAAGGAUCUCGACGACCGUUAGCUUGCCGUCGACAGUUGAUCCUAAUUCGAGUAUCGAUCGAAGAACCCAUCCCACGUAUCGAGAUUGGGAGAACCCAAAUCGGGAGGAUGAUCGAGAGUAGGACCUUGGGGAAGUCACACAGUGCGUGUUGAGCAGUGAAAUCGCGACACUCUUGACAGCUUCCGCGAGUGUGCACGUGUACCGCUUCGAGCAGUGACUGGGAAACCUGGCGUGUGGUCGGUCCACUCUCUCGCGGAUUCCCCGCAAGUAUGAUACGUAUUGCCUGGCCGUCGCGCGAUCUAUCUCGCGGGCGUGCGUUUCCGUCGAGCGAAAACUUCAGGACAGUGAAGAAGUGAGUGCCGAGGCGCGCGUGACUCGACGUGUCUCGCUGCCAGAACGAAAGUGAAGGGAGUGUGAGUGUGAAAUCAGCGCGCAAAAUCGCCGACAGAGAGGGUGACAUCCCACAAACCCUUAUAUAUUAGGGUCCCACCCGAUCUAAACCCACCUAAUCUUCCGGACCAAGAGGUCUUCGGUUGCCAUCAAUUCGAGACAUCAAUUAGAGACACCCCCAACCCGCGCACGGUUGUCUCGAGCGUGCCAACCCGUAGACUACAGUCGGUCCCCCGUCUUCGUCGGUCGCGUCUCGCGGAUAGAAAACCGGCAGGGUGGUUCGAGGUGGGACGGGAGGCGCGGACGCCCUGGCGACUGCCGGGGUGGUUUACCCGGCCGCGACGGCGACGUUGUUCCCUGGCCGGGUGCCAGCCGGACACCACCACCCCGAGUUCACCACCACGUUGGAGCUGGGGUUCCCGGCGCGCGGCACCACCGCCUCGAUGGCGUUGGUCGCGCCGCCGCCGCCCUCAUGGGCCUCGCGGGACCCCGCGGCCGCCUUGGGCGCAGCCGGCGGGGGCGGCGGCGGGCCCAUACAGGUCGGCCCGCCGCCACCGAUGCCACCCGCGCAUCUCACACCCUCGGCUACGCCGGAAGACAUCACCUGCCUGGUGCCAGCCGGCUCGGUGCUGACGUCGAGGGACCCUCUGCCGCCCAGCACCACCCCCGGCAGCCAGGCCAACAGCUCGCAAUCCGGCAGCUCGCAGACCGACAAAUCGCCGAAUAUCGAGUGCGUCGUCUGCGGGGACAAGAGCAGCGGCAAGCAUUACGGACAGUUUACCUGCGAAGGUUGCAAGAGCUUCUUCAAGAGAAGCGUCAGGCGGAACCUGACGUACUCGUGUCGGGGGAACAGGAACUGUCCCAUCGACCAGCAUCAUAGGAACCAGUGCCAGUUUUGCCGCUUGAAGAAGUGCCUGAAGAUGGGCAUGCGCCGGGAAGGUAUGCAUUCGGUGCAGAGGGGGCGGGUGCCAGCGUCGCAACCCCAGCUGUCGGGUCUGCCGGGCCAGUUCACCCUCACGAACGGGGACGCGGUCGCGUGUGCCAACCUAAAUGGACACUCUUACCUCUCGUCGUACAUAAGCCUGCUCCUCAGGGCGGAGCCGUACCCGACCACGAGAUACGGCCAGUGCAUACAGCCCAGCAGCAACAUCAUGGGCAUCGACAACAUGUGCGAGCUCGCCGCGAGGUUGCUCUUCUCGGCGGUCGAGUGGGCCCGCAACAUCCCGUUCUUCCCGGAUCUCCAGGUGACGGACCAGGUCGCGCUGCUCAGGCUAGUGUGGAGCGAGCUGUUCGUCCUGAACGCGAGCCAGUGCUCGAUGCCCCUCCACGUAGCGCCGCUGAUCGCAGCGGCGGGCCUGCACGCCACCCCGAUGGCGGCGGACCGCGUGGUCGCCUUCAUGGACCACAUCAGGAUCUUCCAGGAACAAGUGGAGAAGCUCAAGGCGCUCCACGUCGACACCGCGGAGUACAGCUGCCUCAAAGCCAUCGUCCUCUUCACCACAGGUAAGGCCGUCAAAGAUUCUCCGCCGAUCGCCCACCUUCACUGAAUCUGAUGCUGGCAGAUACACUUCCCUGCGACUUUCAAAACACCGCGGCCUGACAGGAACGCUUCUUUCACGCCCAGUGAGAGAACUUGCCUCUGGAAAGUUCCCAGGACUCUAGUUCUCUCAUUGGACAUCUGCUGCGCGAGUUCCCCGAGUUGUAUCCGAGAAAAGCCAGUUCGAGCCCAGCGUGCAGCCGACGUGACGCUUGAUGAACGACGGAGGAGCCCGCGGGGGUUGGAACCUUCGGAAUGAUUUUUGCAUAUGGGCUACACGUGUGGAGCAAUGAGGUGA